GGCUUUAGAAAGCCAAACAGGCACCUAGGCCUGGGUUUUUACUUGCAGAAAUGUCCAGAAAGAAGCUGAAACAAUCUAAAGAUAACAAAAAUAGUCUGCUCUCUAAAUGUCCUACUCUAAAGUCAUCUCUUCUUGCUUCAGAAUCAGAUGAUGAACUUAUAUCAAAGCUGAGGGAUGCUCUUGCUGGCAAAUCUCCGGACAUUAACAAGCUAAUUGCAAUUUUCCGUAGUAUUAUCGGUAAAACGUCAUACUGCUCUCUGCAAUAUCAGCCAUAUGAAUUCAUAACAUCAGUUGCCAUCAGUGUCAUAGAAUACAAACAGUUACGGCAAAUAGCAUCUAAACUGAUCUUAGCCCUUGCACUGUCUUACCCUGUAGACUUCAAUCUCUGUUUGAUGGAAAGGAAGUUGGUAACCUCUGAAAGUUUGAUGUUUAUGCUUCUCCACUGCUGUGAAUGUGUGAAGCAUUUAGAACUUAACAUUUUGAAGUCACACUGGGAAGCCUACUUCAGAAGUGAACAGGACCUCUCAGUUAUUGAAGAUAAUAAGUUUAUAUUUGGAUGCCGAGCCUUCAAUGCUUACAUUGGAGCAGUUGAAAAAUAUCACGAUGUCAGGGACAGACGAGAUGUAGUGAACGACAAAACAUUUGCUUCCGUCAUAGCUUUUGCUUCCAACAAAUCUUUCAAUAGAGAUUGCAGGCAGGUAUUGGGCUUGAUCUGUUUGACACUUAAAACAAUCUCUACAAAAUCACAUCAGCAGUCAUACACUGAACUGCUCAGUCAGUCGUACACCCUUAUCGAAUCUGCUGACAUUGACCUUGAUUCCUACAGGUUUUCUCUGUCUGCUGGGAUGGUUUCAAAAGUAAAGGAUUUCGCGGGAGACAGGGAUGUCCUCUAUAAACAAGUUCUGAACCAUGUUAUUAACAUGGCCCAAAGGACUGACAUCGACAAGCAGCUCACGAUAUCUGUAUUCAAGACGAUCAAUCUGUUCCUACAAACGGUGCUAGCAAUGGGCGAGGAAGCAAAGCUGCACUUCUAUCCAGACCAGGAAGAGAGAGCAGAUCCUCUGGGGGUUGAUAAGGAGAUGCUCCACCCUGAGAGUCCGCUUACUGGCCGACUUCUGGCUCUAGUUCAGGUACACUGGAGCAACAAGCUGGAAUCAGUACGUAGAAUAGUUGGUGAGAUUCAUAGUAACCUCAUACAGGUUACUACUAUGUUGUCUGGAGAACAAACCUCAGGAAAUUUCCUAAGAAACCAGGUUAAAGGUUUGCUGGCUCUCUCCUGGACGGUACACGGAAAGUACCAGGCACUCUCGCAACUAGUCCCCAUUAUCGGAACAUCUACAGUUCUCCAGAUAGAGCCGGAUCUGCCCCACACCAUCCUCUCCACCCUGACCAGCCAGCAAACAGUGGUGAGUCACUGUGCCGGACUCUACUACACACUCUACAAACACGAUGAGACAGACAAGUCUCAGGAGACUUGGCUAGCUCCCAUUACGGAGCAUCUUGAUAACCCCUUCCUCUGUGAUCUGUGUCUCAGACCUAUACUGGAGUUUGACGAAGGAAGUCUGUAUUAUCUACGAGAUAUUCUCAACACCCAGAACAGAACAGAUGAGCUUGUAAGAGUACUAAGAGAGGGACGGAGGUUAGGGUUCCUGGAUGUUAAGUUUACUGACGAGCCUGAGCUGUUUACUGAUAACCAAGACACUAUCUUCGAGAUUCCUCUCUGGAAAAUAAAGAUUUUGUGUGACGGUAAUGACGAUGGUAACGUGUUGAGUGUAAUGAGUCUGAUAUGUGAUACUAACAAGACUGCUCUUCCUAUGACUCGUACUGAACUGGAUUUGAUGACGUACAUAAUCAAGAACAACCAGAUCCGACAAGUACCGUCUUUUAGGAAGAACAUGCUGGAUAACAUAGAGAAAUUCCUGGCUAGACUGAACUUCUCCUGUCCCAUUCUGAACAGACUCGUCAAAAACAGAUACACUGAGGAGGACGAAUUUGUAUCUGACAGAGCCAGCGAAAUGUUACAAUUUUACACGGAGUUCAUCGUUAACUGCAUCGAGUUAUGUUACAGAGAACUGAUGCCAUCUGCUUCAUUCCAGCGCCAGGUCACCGUAAUCGGAGUGCUAGAGAGAUUCUACUCGAGUCUGUGUCACUGCAACGUAGCCUGCCUCACUCAAAUUAACGAGGAUAACCUGAGAAAACUUGUGGACGCUAUCGCUUCUCCCUUUGAGAAUGUCCGUACAUCAAGCGUGUCCUGUAUCUCAUGUAUUAGGAAUAUUCCCGUGGAAUGUCUGGUAGUGAACAUGAAGAAGGUACUAGCUAGCAUCUCUUCUCCUAAAGGUGUGAGUAGUCAGAAAAACAGCACACUGUUCAGUUUCAUCCUCACCAAGACAUUAGAGGACACCACCCUAACUCCUCUCAGCAUUACAAUGGAUAGUCCCUACAGCAACUUGUUCACCAGAGACAUUUCGGAGGACCAGAGUUUACUCUUCCAAUGGAUAGUUGGCUUUUUCGCAAUCUUGGAUCAUCAGAUAAAAAAGGCUAAUGAAGGGUUGAUGGAAGCUGCUAGAACAAGCCCAAUAUUCCCGUGUUUCAACCUACUGGACGUUACCCUCAGAGAGGGAGAUCUAAAGAUAGACCUGAAGCCUGGAGAGCAGGAGGUUGUGAUAUCUAAACUGUUAGAGUACAGUCAGCAGCUGUGUACUUUACUUCAUGAACCCAUUACUGAUGAGAGUCCCGAAGGACUUCUUUUAAUGGGCAGCAUUGAAUCUGGGGGAGGAUCGUGUGGGCCCCAGCUGCUCCUCUCAAUGACUUGGAGGACGAUGCAAAGUGUGUGUAACUGCCUGGUUACCCUGGUUACCAGCUCCGUUACCACUCCUCAACAUGAUCUCACUAUCGGGCUCUACCUAAAGAACUUGCUUCUAACAGUUCGACAUCAUGGUGUAUUUGAAAACGUGCACUCUGCUUUUAUCGCAUACUCUGCUACUAUGUGGGAUAGGAAGAAGGAUGUACUGCUGACCUGGUUAGAAGAGGUCUUGUGUAGAGUUGAGAACUCUGAGAACGAUAUGAGUUAUACGAGACGCAGCGCUGGUAUCCCCUCUAUCAUGCAGGCGAUUCUUGUGACAGAAUCUGGUCGAAACGGAAAGCCAUACUUCCGAUCCUCCAUGGAACGUCUCUUGAACGUCUCAGAACAUCAGACUCUGGUAACAGGACGUAUCCACGCUCUCAACAUCCUACACACUCUCUUCAAAGACAGUAAACUAGCAGAGUACGUCGUACCUUUCAUCGGGAGAGCAUUCGAGAUCUCUAUAAACGGGUUCACCGAGCGACUGUGGUCCUUGAGGAACGCAUCGACCAUGAUGUUUUCCGUUCUGACUGCUCGGUUAUUCCACAAUCGUCACAGUACCAUUAGACAGAUCACUGAUGCCACCUUCUUCACUCUGUUUCCCAACCUGCAUCCCUUCUUCGUGAGGGAGCUGAGUAAAGCUGUCGAGGAGGAGAAGUUGUUGUAUUAUCCUAGUUUGUAUCCGACUCUUCUGAUCCUACAACGGAUAACCCCUUGUCAGCUCACAACUGGAGACCCUAACUUGUCUCUGUCUCAUUUUGUCGAGGUAAUCAAGAAGUUGUCCCUCAGUGGGGUGCUAAAGACAAGGAGUCUAGCGGCGGCAACCCUAUCUUCAAUAAUAUCUGGUUCGGAGAUGCAGGAGUUUGUGAUAGGGCAGAUACAGUCCUUAGAACGGGACAUGAAGCAGAACCUGUUACAUGGUACCUUGCUCCAGGUUAAACAUGGACUGGUAAAGUGUUCUGAUCUAGCUGCGGUAUCACGUGAUCUGGUCAGAAAGUCGUGGUUGUUAACGGACAACAAUUGUCCUUUCACAGCUGCACUGUAUGUCGAGAAUCUCAGUAAAGCUACCACCACAUCAGACAAUUCUCCGGAACUAACUGCACUGACCCAAAAGGCGAUGAGCCUCUUAAGAUCACCACAUCAGCUCGGACCAAUGUACACACUAAAAGAAGCGUGUGUAGAGUUUAUCAUGUCUCUACAAUCCUCGGAGCUAGUGAGAGAUAUGAUGUUGAUGAAGCAGGGCUUCCUCUGUGAGAUGGUGUUUAAAACACCGGGUGUUGAGGAGUGGUUACGAUUGCAUGCGGAGGAUAUGUCGGAUGUUUCUGAAUGGGGAUUGAGUGCUGCGCUUCACAUCCUGAAGACGGGAUGCGCGGACGAGAAUUUCAAGACAAAUAUCUACCAUCACGUGAUCUCGCUUUUAGAGUGCAACCGCAACCCCAGUGUUCGGACUAAAGGUCUUGAGAUAUUGUCAUAUAUCUCGAAUGUUCCUUGCCCAGAAAACGCCUUACGUGUUAUAGAUCCUUUCUGCAGUUCCUUGAAUCCCUGGGAACAGCGUCUCCUCAUACCUGACUUCCUAAGAAACAUCUACAACAGCAUCAUAGCAACUGUCACCGGUACUGAGAACAUUCCGCAAGUCAGUAAAGUUCUGUGGUGUCUGGUCAACCUGCUUCAAGAUGAUGACGAUGGGGUGCGGAGAGGUGCUGCCAGCGUUAUACUGGAUAUUACACAAUACCAAUACAAAGACACGACCCCCGAGCUAGUUCUAGAUAUCCUCCUCCCUCACCUGGUCUCUACCUCCCCCCAGUGGAUACUCCUCCUCCUGCAAUGGAUCACCCAGUCAGAGAUACAAGACCUGAUGACGUCACACUACUUUGAACAGUAUAAAAGUGACGGAUACGCCGCCACGAGACGUGUGCAGAAACCAGCAGAGCAGGAGGUAGGAGUCUCCUCAGAGCAGGACGUCUCGUCCGGUGUCUCAUCUCCUCCAGGGGAGUCGCGCGACUCUUCCAGAGUCUCCUCUCCUGACUCGUCCCACCCACUGUUUGAGCCUGAUCUUGUCAACUCGUUUGCAGAGCCUCUGUUCAUUCCAUACGCUGUUGAAUACUGUUUCGAGAAUUUAGAAACCAUUGUGAAGAGCGAAGAGUCGCACUUUCCUAGUGAAGAUUUAAGGGCAUUAAGUAAGUCGGUAUUUGCUGACUUUAAGCGGAAGCUGAACUGUAUGUCAUCCGAAGAGAAUACAGUAAGACACUUCGUGCUCAAGACGAAGUUUAAUAUAUUUGCCAAUUCCAUAAAGAAAAUAGAGAUGUUUUAUAAAGUUUCGUUAGACGAGGAAUGGACUAUAACCGCUUCAAGGUGAACACAUUUUUCUUUCUUCUGCAAAGAUUUUUAAAAUUUAGGGAGGUCCUCUAAAUUAUCAAUAUAGUUGCUUAGUAACAGUAUGUUUUAUUUGGGAUUUUACGGAUUAUCAUGCAGAUGUUCGACCCAUUUUAAUGUUAAAUUUUAGAUGAUAUUUAUUAGCUUUUCUCUAUUCAUGCCUCUUCUUUAGUUCAUCGGUGUAUACGGUAGACUCAGCUCAAUAAUCGCUUAAUGACCGGGCUACAACUGCUCCUGCAGCAACCGGCCGAACAAUUACUUUGUGUACAUCGGUAAUGGCCCUACCACUUCAUCACACUCAAUUCUAAGUUUUAAUGAGAUUUCCGAAUCCCAUUUUGAUCCCAUAAUCAUUCGGAUAUUUGGUAGGCAGCUUAGAGGGGGUGGGGUUUAGAAAUGCCUACGAUUAUAGUGUCUAUACAAUAGCUGUAUGUGAUAGCUAAUGGGGACACGGGACUCGGGAGGGGUAUAAAACGGCCAGAA